CGUGUCGCCUCGUGAAAUGUUCCCUCCGAUUGUCCGAGUUUGAUAGCACCACGUAAUUCCAAGGUUGCGGCACGAUUAAACAAUUUGCAGCUUUGCAUAAAAACAUGAAUGGGGAUAAUCGACAAAAGGGUUAAACAGAUGCACAUAAUCAGCGUUGAGUUAUGCCGCCGCGGAAAUCUAUGCGUCCAAGUGAGGAACUCGCGGAAGUGCGUUAGGCUACACGGCACAACAACAACACUUAAUGAUAUCUUUAAACUCUACUGCGAAAACAAAUUGUCGGGACAGAAAAAUCCCAGAAAAGCCCGGUUACACCUAAGCAUGGAGUUGACACGAUUAUCUUUGACAUCGCUGACUUUGGCUUUGGCCCUGGCCUUCCUUUCGGCGGCACGCCAUUGCGACACGGAAAGUAUAAUAGGAAGCCGGGAGACCUGUGACACCGAGGGGGAAGACAUCACCGACAUCGAUAAGAUCUUGAACACGAGCUGCUUCCGCUGCAUUUGCAAGAAUGGAUUCGUGGAGUGUUUGAAGCAACAGUGCCCCGACAUCGAAGGUUGCUACGCGUUGCUGGAUCCGCGUGAUGACGAGUGCUGCCAUGAAUGCACAGGGUGCACGCGGAACGGCGUUUAUCACGCAUCGGACACGGAAUGGACGGAGGAAAACGACCCCUGUCAAAUAUUCACCUGCAAGGCGGGCGUCAUCACCGAAUCAAGGCUACGGUGUUACACGCCCUGUUCCCACCCGAAACCGGCCCCACCUGGCCAAUGCUGCCCCAUAUGCGAAGGAUGCUUAAUGAACGGACAGAAGGUAACGGAGGACCGGUCGGUGACAACGGCGGAGGAUCCCUGCGUAACCUGCAAGUGCAACAAGGGACGUCUCACCUGUGCGAAGCAAGCCUGUCCAGUGGUCAAUUGUCCUCCCACAAAGAUCAUUAAUGAACCUGGGGAGUGCUGUCCGCGCUGUCGAGGUAGUGGAAAAUACUUCCGGCCCGUGGGCGGAUGCAUGAUGCUCGGUCAGUCUUUCCACAAAUCGGGUACUGGAUUCUAUCUGGAUUAUUGCACGCGCUGCACCUGCGUCAAUUCAGUGGUCUCGUGCGUAAGGGAGACCUGUCCUGUGCUGGAAUGCCCCAGGGAGCAUCAGAUGAUCCUACCGAAUCGCUGUUGCCCGCAGUGUCCGCUCAUCGAGGAAAGCAGAGCUUCUUGCUCUUACGGUGGAAAAACUUAUGAGGAUGGCGAAGAUUGGAAGCUGGAUUCCUGCAAAACAUGCACCUGCAAACAGGGCAAAGUGCGCUGCGCGAUGCCUCAAUGUCCGAUAAACUUCGUUUGCCCGCCAAAUUCGAGGUUGGUGCAUCCGGAGGGUCAGUGUUGUCCGCGAUGUGUUGAACGUGACGGAGUUUGCACGGUUUUUGGAGAUCCGCACUAUCGUACCUUUGACGGUAAAUUCUACAGCUUCAAAGGAGCGUGCAAAUACCAAUUGGUCACCGAUUGUCUUUAUCAUACGUUCAGCAUACGCGUGACCAAUGACGCCAAAAAGGCGCAAUCCUCGGCGUGGACUAAAACCAUCGCCAUUAAGAUUGGUGACUUGAAAGUGAACCUUGGUCAGAAAAUGAGGGUGAAGGUAAACGGGAAGAAGGUAAAUGUUCCUUAUCGUUUCGGUAAUCAACUAGACAUCAACCGUACAGAUGACAGCGUGAUCGUCCACACACAUAUCGGGAUCAAGGUCCUCUGGGACGGCAUCAGCUUUCUCGAAGUGUCCGCGCCUUCGUCGUACAGGGGUCGACUAUGCGGUCUCUGCGGUAACUUUAAUCGUCAGAUCAAGGACGAUUUCACCACGCGACGUGGCCGACCACUGCAGGAUCCGCAGCAGUUUGGUCAAUCCUGGGCCGUGGGUGCCAAGAAGUGUUUCCGAUCCCCAAGAUUCGGGAAGGAGGAUACCGAAAGGCAGAGACGUUGUCGAGGAAGAAAGGAUCAACGACUUUGUAAUCGGCUGAAAUCACAAAUCUUCGAUCCCUGUCACAAGAAGGUGAAUCCGGAUAUGUACUUCAAAGCCUGUCUUCAGGACAUGUGCGAGUGCCCGACCCAGCACUGUUACUGCGAGUCUUUCAUGGCGUAUGUGCAUGAAUGCAAACGACUCGAUAUCGCGCUACCGCACUGGCGGAAGGCUACAAAGUGUCGGACUGUUUGGGACCAGCCAACGCAUCCGACGAAUUUAUCUCACCGCUUACAUUAAUCGCGCACUUCGUUCGCCGCCGUGUCCGGCCUUUAGAUACUCUAUCCCGAGCGAGCAUGCAGCAAGAAACGGUUGCAUAUGGUGUAUAUUUUACAUGCAUUUAGAGAAAUCACUCUAUAUGUGAGCCUAUCUCCCUCUCCCUUUGUUCCUUCUCAAGAUAAUCUUUUAAUAUUCGCGAACAAUGAAGAAGAGGAGAUACGAUGCUGGAACAGACGCAAGUUCAGACCGCAAGUUUGUUAUAUAUCUAGAACUAUAUGGAAUUUUAAAAUUUACACGAGAUGGUUAAA